UAGGGUGAUAGGACGUAGUUUGCAUCAUUUCAAAAAUAACAAAACAAAAAUGAAUUCAAUAAAACUAUUUAAAAUAAUCGUUGAGAUUAUAUCGAUUGUAGCUUUAGCAAAUGCAAACUUAGUUACGUUAGAUGGAGAAUGUCCAUUUUCUGGUAUUAAACCUCCAGAAAUUGCUGUUGUUCCAUUACUUAAAGGAAAAUUUAAUAUAAUUGCUGAAACAUCCGAUGGCCCUUUAAACCGAACUGAUUUGCAAAUGCUGUUGAAACAAACCUCAAAAGAUUCAGUCUUACUUACAAAAAGAUUUCAAUUUCCGGAAAAUGAACAAUGCUAUGAUAUUAAAAUAGACAUCAAAGCUACAGAACAGAAUGGAGUCUAUGAUGCAAUGUAUCAAGUUGCACCUGAUACGGAAGCUGUAGGUUACAUGGGUUACUUUUUAGCUUUUGAUCUACCCACUCUGUUUGCUGUUGGAUUAUUAUGCCAUACCUUACCAGAUUCAAAAUAUCAGUUCGACAUUGCAGUAUUAUCAGGAGCUACAGAGAAAUAUGAUCAAGCUAUGCAAGAAAGAGUUCAAAAAGUAUUUAAAGAUCAAAAUAUUGAGAAUCUAUAUGAAUAUGUUGUUGAAGUUCCUCAGACCCAUAAAUGUGCCUUCACUCCACAAGAAAUAUUCAGUUCUUUAAUGCCUUCAUCAGAUGCUUUAAUGCCAAGCUUCCCAAAUUUAAAUAGAUCCUAA